AUGAAGGUUCGAUUGUUAUUAGGUUAAAUUAAUUUAUUCAGAUGUAACAAACAUUUUGAAUGAGAAAGACCUUAUGGUGAUCUUUAUUCAGGUGUUUACUGCUUACCCCUGGAAAUGCAAAUACUCAUGUGCAUAUUUUGUACCGGAGCCAAAAAAUGAUUUCGAAAUCAUAUAGCAUUUUAACGGUUAUAAUUAUUUGAGCUCAGUACCCUUAGGGUUGAAAAUGACUAAUGGCUGUCGCAUUUCUUUUUACUAACGUGGUGUGUGCACAAGUUAGCAACGUAACGAACACUAUACAUUGGCUGUUGUUGUGCGAGUACACCCUAGCCAUAAAAAGCACCGAUUCCUGAUUUGAAAUGUAAAUUGGUUUUUUUAAAUUGUUUUUUUCAAUUCUGGUUUACUUACGCGCAAUGCAGAUUUCUUUAUAUACAUAAGUCUCAUUAAUUAUCUUUACUUUAAGGCUAUUCUCUCUUUCAAAAGCUUUCUUUGACAUUAGGAAGUAAUGCCAUAAGGACUUCUGUCUGCCUUCCUGAAGCACCACUGUUCAGGGCCUAUUUGGUGAACGCUUAAGUGUGUUAGCAUGCUUUAUUGUUUUUUGAAAAAUGGCAUUUUACCCACAUAGAUUUAAGUAUACAUAGGAAUGUUUGCGUGCAAAAUAUGGACUAUAAACAGGGUUCCUAGAUUUUAAAGCAGAAAACAUUAAGACAUCAGGGACGCUCUAAUUAUUGCGAAAUUUUGAUUCGAAAUGUCUAUGAUUAUACUAAGUCCUUAUAGCAUGCUUUUACUCUCAAUGUUUUAAUACGAACAAUAACUCAGAGGAAAGUCUUUAAAUUCCUACUCUUAUGAGCAGUAAUUAUUAUCGGAAUCUGAAUAACUAACCUGAAGUAUUGGAGUCCGUCCUACAGAAGGUUACUCUACGAAAGAGGUUUUCGCCAAGGGCAUUUUACGAAAAGAAGUAUGAAAUCUGAUAACAUAAUUGCACCAGUUAAUUGUUCAGUAAACCUGUCACACCCAGUUAAGCAAAUUUGUUUUCCCCGCAGCCUUCGAUUUGUUUUACUUCAGACCCAUUUAUAGUGCCUAACUUAUACCUUGGAAAAUGGCAUAUAACGUGUUGCAUUUAGGGCUGGAAAAACCGCAGUCUAGUGCCACUGUAUAUACAAUAGACUUGCAGCUUGGGUUAAAAACAGGCCUUUGGCCCACAUUAGCGAACAAAUUAUUUGAAACUAUUUCUAAAAUCUCGUCUUCGUCGAUCUUGAGUUGAGACAUUUAUUACUGCCACAUUUUCCGAGUUUAUGAAAAUGAUAAUUAGUUAUUUCUAGCUCUGUAGCUGGUCAAAUCUUUCAUGAUAGUUUUUCAGUCGAUCAUAACGAAUUCACUAGCCGUCGUUGGGCUUGAAAAGGGUGCAGACCUGGUAGAUCAUGGAAAUAUGAACCUCCUCGCUAUAGUUGGCCUUGUGCCAAAUUCUAGGGAGGUUAAGGUUAGUGUUAGUGUCACUGUUAGGAUUGGGGCAAGGGCUAUGAUGUUUAUUGUUGGUGUGAGAGUGGCGAUUAUAGUUAGCGCAUGGGAAUAGGCACCUCCCUGGCAUGUGACGCAACGUCACUUGUUGUGCGGGGGCUCUUAUCCCCAUGUCAAGCCAUAAUAAGAAGCAUAAUCCUGCGCUUUCCUCAGUUAUAGCGGGAUGAAAACAACGAUAGAGACCCACAUUUGUUCGCGAAGCUGCCCAGAAAAGCGCUCUCUCUCUCUGCUUAAUGGAUUUCGUGAUAUCUUACAAGUACGUGUUUCUCCCACCCAGAAUGAUCGAAAAAAACCACUUAAAUGAUGUCAGUAAUAAACUAACAUUGGACUCCUAAGUUCGUUUCCCCCUCUCAGGAUAAAUUGUUUAUCAGAGCCGCCUAGGCUUUGAUGGUAGAAGGUAUGCCUGCAGUCUCUGUAAAAGUUUCAUUGGUCAAAUACGGAUCACUCCAUUUUCUUGAAGCUUCAUUUAUGUGCCCUCACAUAGGUGGCAGUUCCGUUUCUCUUGUUUUUGAUCAUAACUUAUUAACUGCUUGUUGCUAUCGAAUCGCCUGAGAUUUCUCUGGUCAGAAGUUCAAGGCAAAAUGAAAUUAUUCCCCCUUCCUUCUGUAAGCCGAAUACAACGGUUAACGCCUCUCACAAGCGAUUAUGAAAAUUUGCAUAACUUCCCAAGGCAAAUAAAAAACACAGUUUUAAAUAUACUGCUCUGAAGACGGAAAACACUAUACUAGACGCUUAAAACCAUAAUUGAUCUUCUACACCCGGAAACUGUUUCUACGUAAACUCGACAUGUUAACGGCUGAAUGUCAUAUUGCUGUAGAUUAGUUGAUGGAAUAAACUUAACUAUCUAUCGUCCGAAAGGAAAAAAACACUUUCCCCAACCUUGAUAAACUUCAUAGAUUCUUUAAAUUUUCAUGAUUUUCAAAGAAAUUUGGUAAAUUUCCUACAGUUAUUUCUUUAAUGUACCAGAAGUGUUUUUACGAAGUUACAACUUUCCUGCUGCAGAUCUGUUUAUCGGAGCCAUUGGCCCAGUUGUUUUCGAAACCAUGUCUACAAAAUAGUACUUCUCUUUAAAUUUCUCACUACGGAAAAUAAUGGAGUCACAUCAUGCACAAAAUAAAUUUAAACGCCACACUCGAAAAUGCUAAAAACCUGGUAUAUUUCAGUUUAUUUAGAAUGAGCACUUUACCCCAAUGAUCAUUCGUUGCAUAAAUAAACCAAAACGCGACUAAUUUAAAGCUGGCCAGCGUAAUAAUGUCGGUUAUCGAAUAAACUAUUUGUCGUGUAUCCUGUAGGUUGGCGCUUCUACCUCGCACUCACUCAGCAAAUUUCUAUGAUUGCAGGCGUUAGCUUAGAUAACCAGUGUUUUUGGCAAGUUGACUGUUCCUUUCUUUCUCCAUUGUUGCAUUCUCAUCCUAGUGAAACAGAACAGCGGUGCAGUACAGGUUGUGGUGCAGUCUGAUAGUGUUCCCUGAAUUUUAACUCAUGUUUAACUCUAAAAGGACUGAAUAAGUUAAAGUCCGCGUUCCUUUCAGAGCACUUACUCUGGGCCGUAGAAGUACCUGCCCUUUAAACGUCUCUGAAUGUGCGUGUCUAUGGAUUUCCGUUUUGGCUUUGCCUUUUUGUCAACUCAAUUCUAACAGUUUGAAGUAGCUGUUAUCUGCCUGGGCGACAUUGUUAUUACUUACUGUAGGCAUUGUUUUCCAUGCACUUAAAUGCGUUCCCAUGCAUUCGUGGGAGUAUAGAGAAGAUGUUGAUUUGGUAAUAACAUGUUUCUGCUGCAAAUGCUUGGGCAAAGUACAGUAAGUAAUCAAUCGCAUGAAUGUUAACCGAAAUUCUGGAAUGCGUUUUCAAUUAAGAAUAAGCGAUUAAGUGGAGUCGCAAUAUUGACAAUCAUAUAGCACAAUUCCAGAAUAUUUCAGUCACGCCAACAUGCCGGCUUUUAAAAACACUUCUUUUCGGCUGGUUGUAAAAACCACACUUGACAAAGAUGACUACUUAUAUAGUAUGCGUUGUUCCCAUUGUUUUUCAUAUUCUUAUAAUUUCGAAUACAUUUUAAAGAAAACUGGUACGAAAAUACGCUUUCUUGCACUCAGUCAGUAGCGGACCAUGUUUAAAAAUUUUGUGCUUGAUAAAAGGUUACCUUUAAACUUAAAAGUUUUUUUUAUCUCAACGUAAUUUUGAGUUUAAUCUGCCCGCAUUGGUGUUUGAGGUUAGCGAUCUGGAAGUCGUAAGCCUUCUGUAAUAGGUAAAUAAUACCUUCCUCUAUGUCAUUAAGAAGAUAUCAUACAUAGGACUCGUAAAAUUUCGCAAUGGAUGUGGGCUAUGCUGAAUGCUUCGUAAGGAGCACCAAUAAGCAGAAAAAUAUGGUCCUCAUUGCAGGGCCAUUUUACGGUCUUCAGAAAUCUCAUAAAUACUAACUUUCUAAAAGGGACAUACAACCUUUCUUUAAGCACAUGUUUAGAAGGUGUUAUUUGCCACAUAAUGACUGCUAUAGAGAAUAUUUUUGUGAGUAUUUUCUACAAAGUAUAUGGGAAUCCAUAUACAGCUCACCCUGCCUAAGUUGCCAUUUUACUGAGUGUUGAUUUCUGAGGCGGCCGGAGAGGAGUGUAUUCAAAAGUCGAGUGACCCAAAGAGCUUGAGAUUAUGCCGCACGAUAGUUAAUAUCACAAUCUCUCCAAAGUAGUCCUCCCUAAUCAAAAAACAUCCCAGAAUUUCCGUGAACGUUUCUGGAGAUUAGUCACUUACUGCAUCUCCUUCACAGGCACUAUCGUCGCUCUGUGUAAAAACCGUUUUUUCAUGCAUUUAGAACUUUUACAGGGUUAAGAAUGGAAAUUCCAUGGGAGUACUGAGGAAGUUAUAAUUCAAUUACGAACACAUUUCUGCUACAGAGUUUUGCGCAAAAUAUAUAAGUUUUCGCCACCCACAACAACCCCAGUUGCUGUUGUUGAGGUGAUCGCUAAGACGAAGGCAAUUACAUGGAUUCUCAAGCACAUACACCAGCCUGCGACGUUAUUACAACAAUCUGAAUAGGAAAUCACUGCACUCACUGGGUUUACUGGACAGACCUUAGACCUCCGAGUUGCUAGCACUCUGGACAAAGGUACGCUGAAGACACUGCGGUUUAUAACUGCGGGUGCCUUUAACUACCUAUACAACUAUCCAGGCCACUUUGCCUUCCCUGGAUUACAAGCUCAUGUUUCAUCCCGCUCAUGGCGAUCAGGAGAGAAACUCUAUUAUUUCGGUCGAGAAAUGAUCCAACAAUCACCUAAUCGGACUGGGAGAUGGCAAAUCGUUUGACUGACAAACCACGCCCCUGUUACUGGAUACGGCUGCGUCCGUGGGUAGUAUGACCGCCCUUAAGGAGGUCGGGGGUGGUACCCCUCCAAGCGCAACGAUCAGCGACAGCAGACCUGGAUAACUUUGUGCAGUCGCACCUCCAGCAACGAAAACUAAGUGCUGUUGGAUCACAGACCAACUCCAUCUAGAUUUUCAGCAGACCUCUUCGGUGCCUCCAGCUGAGCAGCAACGCCCGAUAAAAAACAACAGUACCUUAACUCAUGGGGCUAGGGGAGCGACCUUAGUCGUGCUUGAUAAAUAAUCAUAGAAUUUCGCAUUAUUCUGCCCUAAAGUAUCCGAAUUACCUCAUUUAAGACCAAGUUGGCGUACUUCAUUUAAAGAUCCGUUUCCAAAUAAAGCGGGUCGAGAACCCCCAAUUUUCAUUUAUUUUUCACAUACAUAAUCGAGCACUGUUACAAGAGGACUCAUCAUAUGGAGGUCCUUUACACGUGGCUCAUUGUGGUGACUGAGAUAUUCCGAUGGUUAAGUGAAACCUUCAAAGUCCCAUUAAGAGCUUGUAUGUAAAAUCGGCUAAGAUGACUGUGUUUUCCUCACCUUUUUCGACUGCGAAAAACUCGGUCUCGAUUCAGCCGAAACUGACCGCUUUUAAUGUUCGUAGUUAUUAGUUAAGAGGGUCUUUUUUGGUCGGAAAAGCAGCUCAAACCUUCUCUGUCUUUUACAAGCCUAAUAAUUCACUGGCCCGAGACUGCGUUCUCUAGGUCUUCUCUGUGGGACAAGAUUGUUAUCACCGUAACGCUUAGUUAAGGAGUUGUGCGAAUCCAACACUGACAAGGUUGCACAGAGACCAUGGAAGAUCCCAUCAGCGAGAUAAUAAACUAGUACAAGCGAUAGAAUGCACUCACGGCUGACACCAGACAGAGCUUAGUGUGGAUCAGAACCCGCUCCACGGCAGACCGGCAAUAAGCGUUGUUCACAGCAAGGAUUCUUGAUGACAUCUCGUCGCAAUCCAUCAUACACCACAGGGUAACCCAUGAUGAAUGAAUUCGAACGCCUCAACGGGGUUAAUUAGGCAGACUUCUGUAAAAUGCUGUUUUUACAGAGUGCAUCUCAAUGUGAAUAUUUACUCGAAGUACACGAGUCCAGUUCAGAACCUGAGCUGGUUGGGUCAGGUUCUUUAAGCAUGCCGACACUGAAGAUGCGCCAGUAUACCAGCUAUGAUAAAAACCUUAAACCUAGGCAUAAGGAUGAUUAACAUCUCGUCUUCGGGAACGAUCCAGUCCCAGACGUUUGUAUGAGCAUUUCGCGCAUUCAGGAUGUCAGACAGUUGACUUAAAAUUUCGACUAUGAUUGAGUUUCCACCUGCUCCGAGCGUCUCGUUUUGAGCAGCUCCAAUAUCUCGUCGACGUCUUUUCUGCAAAAGGCGGACAAAAUGAUAUCACAUUGGUCGGAGAAGGAUGGAAGUUCGCUGCAGUGGAGAGCAGUGGGGUGAUGUGCUGGUCAUCAAGUUAAUAAGAUGAUCGAGAGGAUCACGCCAGCGCCCAAACUCGGUCGCACUGUCUGCUGCAAAUUCAGUAGCCGCAUCGCGAACAGUCACUCAGCACAGAGGACUUCCCUUUAAUUUGGCGUAUAAAUGACUGAUUUUACUAGCGCCAACGACAUUUGUGGUUCUGUGCUUAGAUUGAUAGCCUUCUGUUCCUCAACCGAUUUCGCAUUCAAAUGGAGAAAAGCACCAACAUUGCAGGAUGUUGUGGAGGCCGGUUAAAAUGAAAACUAUAAGGCCAUUGCGUUGGUUCGGUUACUGCGGCCCGGUUGGAUGAGUCCGCGAAUUACCUUAGAUACCUCUCGGAAUAAGGAAUUCAAAUAGGGCCAGGUCAGUUGGUGGUGUUGACGGUGAUAGAAGUGAAACUUGAUGACAAACAACCAUUUCCGAUCCGGUAAACGUUAGUUUAUUUCUGUUUCAUUGAGGACCAAAUUCAAAGCAGCAAAUAAGCUGAUUGUUUGAGGGGUCGUCUGGUUCACUCCAGACAUUCCAGUCACCGACAGAAACCCCUAGAUGCCGGUCUGAAACAUGGACUUGAACCGGGCAGUAGACUUUCAUGUUGUGUUAGUGAAGGCUGCUCUCUGCCCGAUUUUGCGUAGUAGACUCGCGGAACAUUCGCCCAUUCCGCCAUCCACUACGUCUGUGCUCGGACACUAUUUUACCACACCACCACAUCUGAGGUGCAGAUCACGUUGGUUCUCACAUGCGCCGCAGCAUGAAUGACAGUACUUGAAUCAAACGAUUUCAUACGGCUCCCAAGAAAAUUCGAGCACAGGCGCGUUCUAGACAGCCCCCUGAAUCGCGUGUUUAAGGUUGUCUCAAACAUCGCCUUGACUCAAGAAAGUAACAACAAAGCGGCGGUGGCUGGCAAACGCACUGAGUACCACAGCAAUGUCUUCAAAUUUUGCGAUAUUUUAUAAGGUAAUCGGAGCGCCGGAUUUCGACACCUGCCCUCUAGUGGCACUGGCGUGCUGGCCUAUGAUUUUUUAUUCGUCAGGCCCGAGAGUCUGCAUAUCUGACGCCGUCCAGCAAUCCACCACUCGCGGACGACAGCCAAACUAGCAGGUAUAGUUUCAUCUUCUAGGCCGCUCAUCUUUCAGGAUCAACUACUGUAUUUUAAUUGUCUCGUGUAGUUUAGUUAACACUGUCGCUGACAUCGCACGCUAAUUGAGCGGGACGAUGAAAGAAGACAAAAUAAGCAGUGACCUCGAAUAAGGUCGACUAAAUUAGAAACCACUUCCUCUCUGGCGGGUUUUGCUGCAACGUCCAACCCCGAAGGCGAAAAGUAAUUAAAACUGUCCAAAUCACCCCAGGUAACCUUUUUAGACUACAUUUGUUUGCUCCUCAACAUAUGCAUCCACCUGAGUACGUAAACGAAUGUAAAGAAAGCAUGCGCCCUUCUCCCCAAAUGAUAAAACUCUAUAUUUUCAAUUUGAGAUGGUUUAGUGGGCAGCAAUAUAAUAUUCCUAAAGAUGUGUUCGUGGAAUUUUAUUUCAAUACGACAAAACAAAUUUUAUCAUGAGAAUUAUGCAGUGUUCCCAUACACCAACAUUAAUGACUGUUUGCAGGAGGUCGAAUUGAAUGAUUUAAAGCUCAAAGAGUACCUUUUAAAAAAGAAUGAGACUCAAUCUGAGUACGUAUAUUUGUUUUAGAGGAAGGAAGGGCGAGCAAAGGAAUGGGUUUUCCUCAAUAGCAUUAGAAGUUUAGAGCUAAAUCUCGCGAACGCUUUUCGACAUUAGCAAGAUCCGGUGAGGUGUAAACAAACAUCGAUAAAAUCCUGCUGACUGAAUGUCUUUCGUUCUAAAUAUACAAAGGUUUCGUACAUAAAUUCCCGGAAAGCGUGCCAGUUGACUUCUCGAUUAAUAGUUAAAAGUAUUAAGGACGUUGGUUUUCAGGUAUUUCGAGAUCAAUAUCUCUUCCUUUUGGUCUUUGGGGAGAAAAUCGAGAAACUAUCGAUUUUGCCUGCGACCGCUAAUUCUUUUUUAGUUCUGCGAGUUAAUUACUCGGUCGCUACUCAAAGUUCUUUGUACUGCUUUCCAGGUAGCAAUGAACAACAAUGACAAGGAUGUCAAAGCUGAUGUCUUCUUUGGUGACGGUUCCGAUGGCUUUGUCAGGGGCAGUGAAGGUGGGACCUCAAGCCAGGGAAGAGAUCCAACUAAGUCUACCUGUCGUGUUGUGUUUUUGGGCGCCGCCAAGGUCGGUAAAAGCAACAUCAUUCGACGGUUUCUGGGGCGGAAUUUUGAAGAGAAGUACGUUCCCACCAUAGAUGACGUCUAUCCAGCCAAGUUCAUCGUGCGGAACUGUCUUGCACAGCUGGAAUUUAUGGACACUUCCGGAAGCUACGACUUUCCUGCGAUGGUUCGACUCUGCAUCUCAAAGGCAGAUGCUUUUGUCAUCGUAUUCGCCAACGACAGUACUGAUUCACUCAACACUGCAGGCCAUUAUCUGGAUCAGAUCAAGUCGGAACGGGAGGAUUAUGCCCCGCUAGUCAGUGAGAUGCGCUUCCAGGACGAUCCGGUGAGCCCCACCGACUCCCUCUUUGUGGCUUCGCCGCCGCCUCUGGUAGUUGUUUGUAACAAAUCAGACAUUCCUGUCUCCAGUGCCGAGGUCAGUGAGGGUAUGAUUAUGGAAUGGCUGCUAAAAAGUGGCCUCAAACCCUCGCAAUUCGUCUACGCCAGUGCCAAGACAGAGGAGUACAUAUUUGAUAUCCUGAAAGCCCUCUGGUCUCAGAACGAGGUCACCAAGGCUGUUACCUUCUCCCCAUGGGCCGAACAGAGGCGCGGCAGUUCAGCGAACAUAAUCAAUGAACUCGUCUUUCCUGCUAUCACUACCAACAACGGCGGCAGCGGGGGACGAAUCCCAAGCUCCGCACCGGUUGACCGUUACCUGCAGUUACAACAACCGCAGCAGCUAAUUCAACAUAACCCACAGCUUCAACAGCAACAGCAAAGCUCGAGUCCGACUUAUGACCUCCCUGGAAAACGCGCCUCGUUCUUCCGAAACAGCCUAAAGCUGAGACGAAGAAACAGUUCGAGAACGAGGAAGACAAACUCUGAGGUUAUUCACCUUGAUUGUGUGAUCAGUUAG